AUGACGAUCUGCAACGUGACCAUCCCUAGAGAGGUGCAGGUCUUCCAGAUGGUGACGGCCAUCCCGACGUUCAUCCUGGGCUUCCUUGCCAACUCCACCUUACUGGUUCUGUUCUGCCGGCAGAGGAAGAACUGCAGUGACAUGAUGGUGUACCUCGCCAACAUCGCCCUGGCCGACAGCACUGCGCUGGUGUCGGUGCCCUUCAGGAUGUACUCCUACAGCAACCACUGGCCCUUCUCCGUCAGCUCCUGCCUGGUGUUCGUCUCCACCUACUUCGUCAACAUGUACGUCAGCAUCUUCACCACCGUGGCCAUCAGCGUGGUGCGCUUCGUGGCGGUUAAGUACCCCUUCAAGGCCAGGGCGGUCAAGUCCCCCUGGAAGGCCCUGGUGGUGUGUGUGGGGAUCUGGGCGGUGAUUGGUUCUCUGAGCGCCAUGUUUCACUCGGUGGACGCUCCUGAAGCCAACGGCAGCAACUUUAGAUGCUUCCAGAAGAACUCAGAGCGGCCACUGCCACUCUCCUUCAUCCUGACGCUGGACAUGGUCGGCUACCUGCUGCCAUUCGUCGUCAUUACGUACUGCACUUGUAACGUGAUCCGUAGACUGUCUAGGAGAAUCGACUCCAGCAGCAGUGCGAAGAAGAACAAGGCCAUCCACAUCAUCGCCGCCAACCUGGCCGUGUUCAUCGUCUGCUUCUCCCCGCUCCACUUUGGCUACCUGUUGAAGUUCCUGGCCGAGACCCACUGGCCGCACAACUGUGAGCUGCAGCAGUUUGCUCAUUCGUUUGUCCACAUGGCCAACAGCCUGGCCUCCACUAACUGCUUCCUGGACGCUUUCAGCUACUACUUCCUGGCCAAAGCCAGCUGGGGGACUCUUAGAGAGGCAUGCUGUGGCACCCAGCGCAGGGAGAGAGGAAGCAUAGUCAUCUGA